GUGGUGUGUACAGUAAGCACGUCGGGAAUGAGAUGCAAAUGUAUAUUGGUUUGCAUCUGGUGACGGGAUUUCGGGGAUUUCAAGGGAUUCUUUGAUUGCGGGAAUACUGUACAGUACAGUGCCGUACAUGAUGCCUACUUUUUUGGCUUUCCACAUGAGAGGUUUAGUAACCAGUGAUGAUAAUCAAGGCGGAGUUACGAAAGCCACGCUUCAUGUGGAGAAGAUGCUCUGCCAGCAGUUGAGCAGCGGAUCUCAGAAUCAGGAGAUUCCCCAUUCCUUCUAGCUUUUUCUAGCCUUUUCUAGCCUCCAACUGAACCAGCAAAGUUCCGCCAAGUUGAGGUUGUGGCAUGGAUCCAAACUUUUUGUGGCAUAGUGUUUUGUACUUCUAUCCUUCCGCAGGUUUGGGUUUGGUUGACUUCGCACAUGUUUGGUGGGCUGUUGAUGCACUGACGCUUUCCGCACGUACCUGACUGGACGUUCACGUUCACCAUCACGAAUCAAGUGACUUCAGCAUUGGGUGGGGUUGAAGAAGGAAGGAAAAGAGGCGUCGUUUUUGACUUGGGUGGUGUGUGGUGGUGGGAGAUAUUGCUUUUGCCUUUUUUUUCUUCCCUUUUCUCUUUUCCUAAACACUUUGGAUCUUUCUCCUUCUUUCAUGCAUAGGACACAUUCUACCACCACCUUCUUUGUAUUCUUUCUUUCGCACCCCUCAUUCUCUACGGGCUGAGAGGAUUGUAUCCUUACGUUCUUUGAUGCUCAGAGUUUGUUUGUCGAUCCUAUUGUGCUACGAUCCUUUCCUUCUGCUGGGUUGUUGGUGAGGGUAUUCUGAUUCAGGUUGUGAUAUCUUGACCUUCUUUCCUUGUACACAAUUUCUUGCUGGCUCUGAGAGUCGUAUACGAUUCUUGUUUCCUUUUUUUUCUGGGGUCGCUGGCAGCCUUCUUUCUCAAUCAUCCAGGGGCUGGUUGUGCCAAAUCUAGGAUCAUUAUUGUUUACAAAGUCGUCAAUUUCGCAAACAACGACAAGCAAAAGACAUCAAGAGAGAAUAGCAAGCAGAUAUUGCAAGCGCUGAGUCAUUCCUUGGAGCGCUCUGUGUAAAACAUCUGUCGCUUAGCAGUCUGAGGAAAACUCACCUCGCCAAUUCCAUAGAAGAUUCCGGAUAUUUUCUACCCCUCAACACUUGUCGACGUCAUCAACACUCACGUAUAUCUCACCAUCAAGGCGGUAGAUAACUCUCCCUUGAAGCAGAGAACAUCUUGGUUCAGCUGCUGAAUUCAAUUUCCACUGAGCGGAGGGGCGCAAUUUUCGCAACUGUCAAAUACCAUUUGCGCGCUAUCAUUCUUCUCUCAUUGAAACUCUCUUCUAUUUCCUCCAGUAUGAAGCGCGCUUGACGAUCUUGGUAAGUUUAGAUAUCUUCACCUUCAAUCGAUGCGUCCAUCGUGCAAAAUAUAUUCCUCUAACUGAUAAACUUUCCAGAUAUCCCGAUGGCUCCUCUAAAACGGCCACAGCCCUCGCGGUCAGAAUCUGCAACCUCAGUCCAGACAAUUCAGAUUCGCCAGGAUGUCACCGUCACCACAUCUACCAUCGCUGAGGGAGAGCUCAAUGAGCCCCAUGAGUCCGUCUCCAUUGAAACCACUGGAGGAAGUAGAGGUAACACCAACAAAGCUACUGAUGCCUCGCAACCUGGACUUCUCAGUCGAUGGAGCGCUGCGAGACGAGGAAGUACACCGAGACCGCAGUCAAUCAAUCAGGAGAAUUUGGAUAGACGAGGAAGUGCGUCAGUAGCACAAUCAAUUCAUCAAGGGAAUACUGGAAGAAGAGGAAGCACAUCUACAAUCCAAUCAAUAUACCACGAGGAACUCCGAAAACCAGGAAGCAUAUCUAGAGCGCCUUCAACGCAUUUUGAAACCCCUUCAGAGCAAACAUUCAAAGAUAUCAAGGCGUUCAAUGACCAAAGGGAUGGGAUGAGAGCUUUAGCCGACUUCUUAAAGGAUGUACCUCCCCCGUCGACAAAUAACAUGCUAGAGGAUACGGAUGAAGAGCCGAAGAAAUCACGAUCCGUGAAGUCGGCGCUGCUCAGCAUCUUUGGCAGGAAGAAGAAGAAGAAGAAGAAGAAGAAGAAGAAAAAGCAAGAUAGACUUAUAAUGUUGCCAGACUCGGCUAUCGCGGUAAGAGCACACAUGAAAUUCCGGUUCUUUUCCUUCGAUUCCACUUUCCCUUUCUUCCUAUCAACAAUUGCUUCCUUUUGAGGCUGUUGCAGGCGAGUUCUUGUAAAAGACUAAUAGUAUAUAGGCCACAACAACUUCUGGAGCACGCUAUAUUUCGAUUAGCAUCCCACAAACCGCAACAGAUGGGCAUAGAUCUCGACCAAAUACAGCCUCCAGAAACGCAAAGAUGAAUCUCACGGUUCUGAAUUCAGUAGCCGAAGUCAGCGAAGGUUCUCAAAGAAAUACGAUCAUCUCAACUUAUAACCCUAGCACUGGAGAUAGGACAGAAGAGAAGUCGAGUCCCUUUUCUGAGAAAGGAACAAACUCCGAUGAAGAGAGGGAGUUUUACCGAGAGCAACGCAUAUCUAUGAGUCAUGAGAACGAUACACCUUCAAGAAGACCUCUUUCAACCGGCUCGAAAAUCAAGAGAUUGGAGCGCCCCCGCAGUGCGAGAUAUUCAAUAUUUCCAGCUGUAGCCAACUCAGGUGACGGUAGUGUGCCAAACAGUGAACCUCCAUCCGGCGAAGCGCAACGUCAAAGCGGCAAGUCUAAAGUUGCCCAAGCUGGAUCUAGUGCACCGCCCAUAAAAGUUCCCACCCGCUAUUCCAGUUUGUACAAAGUUCCCAUUCCCCAGUCUGAUUCUCCUGAGGAACCGGAAAACAAAUCGCUGAAUGACGGACAAGACACGGAAGAUAACGUUGGUCCACGAGAUUCGAUUCCUGAGUUUCAUAUUCUGGACCUGCCAGGUUCUCUAUAUGCAUCUACCGUUUGUAAUAGUCAACGACAGAGUAUGGUACCUUCAACUUUCUGUGACAGCCAGCGACAAAGUAUGGCCCUGAAUCCUGAACUUUCACAGGUACAAGAGGAGGAGUCGAAACGAACGGUUUCCAGCUCAACUUUUGGCACCCCUUUUGGCGCAAAUAAGCGAAUAUCAAUGGUGAUACAGCGGGACUCGAGUCGACCAGUCUCGCUUCUUCCAUCUGAAAUCCAGGCAAUAAGGGAGCGAGCCUUUAACAGACUCUCCUCCAUGACGGCACCACCUGCUGCUUCUCGUCAGGAAUUGGUUAGAGCCCGAAAGGCUAGAGAUAUGCUGAUAUACAACCAACAAAACUCUUUUCGCCCCAGCACCCCCAGGAUCUACGCCCUGGCAUCUUCAGCUGGCGAGGAAGACGAACUAGCAACCACCAUCUCAGCCGGCAGAACCGCCCAAGCGAGUCGAAGACGACUCUCCACCCCCCUGUGUGAGCAACUCGUAGCCGACUUCUCCGGCCCAAACCACCGUGGAAACGACACGGAUCUCGUAAGUGACGAAGCACCACCCACCACACCCAGACAAUUAACAAAAAAGAAGUACUACUCCGCCCACUCCUCCAUGCACCCCUCCCCCCUCAUCUCCCUCUCCGACUUCCCCACCGCCACCGCCUCCGCCUCCACCAGAACAACCCUCAAACCUCCCCCCGCGCCUCCCCACGACGACAACACACCCCCUCCCUCCUCCUCCGCGAAUUCCUCGGAGGAAGAACCCUUCAUGACGCCCCAGACGGCCCGCGUUUCGAUGUCACGGUCCCCGGCGUCGGCGGCGUUGAUGGAGCGCAGGCAGGAGAGGAGGGCGAUGAGACGGGUGUCGGUGGAUGAGCAGCGGGCGAGGGAGUUGGAGGGACGGCUUAGUCGGUUGGAGAGUGAUAAUUUGAUUUUGAAGAGUGCGUUGCUGGGGAUUUCGGAGAGUGUGCAGGGGAUGAGGGAGUUUAUCAUUGGGGAGGAGGGUUUGUGA